AAAAGCUUCAGUUACAUCAUAAAAGUCUGAAACCGACGCCAACGAGUCGGAAUCGAUACGAAAUUACACUUCGAACGUCUAAAUAGUACGGAACACGCAAACUUCCUACCGUUUUGAAGGUCUCUGUUGUGCGCACCCAAAGCGGCCUUUUCACUUUACCGUGCCGGUGGUCAGUUCUUUUCCGUCGCGAUCACAAUCCGCAACUAAAACAUCCAAUUUAUCAACAAUAAAAAGAUUUAUUCGACUUCCCGUUACAAAUUAAAGAGGAGAAAUCAACUUUUUUUUUUUGGAAUAAAAAUAAAUAAAGAAAAAUGUUCGCCGCAUUUAGAAAUUUCGGUGCUAGAAUAGCAUCGAUUUUUGAAAAGAAAAAGAAGGAUGUCUCUGAAGCGGUCGAAUCAACAGAACAACAAAUUGGUGAAGCAGUGGAUGAGACUAAAAAUGAUGCAUCUCAAGCUCUAAAACAAACAGUUGAAGAAACUAAAACAUCAACUGUGCAAGCGAUUGAUGCUGAAUUAAAUAAGGCUGAAAAAACCCUGGAUAAUAAAAUAAAACAAGCAGCGACUUCUGUUGAUCAAAAGAUUCAAGAAACUAACCGCUUUGCUGAAGAGAAAAAGAACGAAUUAGCCACAGGGAUUAAAAACACUGAAAAUGCCUUGAAUGAGAAGGUUCAAAACGUUGCAGGGGCUGUAAAUCAAGGAAUUUUAAGCGCUAAUCAAUACGCGGAAGACAAAAAACAACAAUUAGCAACUGGGGUUAAUGAAAAAGUUCAAAACGUUGCAGGAGCUGUCAAUCAAGGGAUUUUAAACGCUAAUCAAUAUGCUGAAGAUAAAAAGCAACAAUUAGCAGAAGGAAUUAAAAGUACUGAGAAUGUGAUUAAUCAAAAAAUCGUUGAUGCUAACCAAUACGCUGCAGAUAAAAAGCAACAACUUGCAGAUGGAGUUAAAAGUACUGAAAAUGCAAUUAAUCAAAAAAUUCUUGAUGCUAACCAAUACGCUGCAGAUAAAAAGCAACAACUUGCAGAUGGAGUUAAAAGCACCGAAAACGCUUUAAAUGAAAAGGUUCAAAAUGUAGCAGGGGCAGUAAAUCAAGGAAUUUUAAACGCGAAUCAAUUCGCUGAAAGUAAAAAGCAACAAUUAGCUGAAGGAAUUAAAAACACUGAAAACGCUUUAAAUCAAACAGCACAAAACACAGCUGGAGCUAUAAAUCAAAAGAUUUUGGACGCUAACCAAUACACUGAAGAUAAAAAGCAACAAUUUGCAACUGGAAUUAAAAAUACUGAAGCUGCAUUAAACGAAAAAGCUUGUGAAGUUCAAAACACCUUGGGUAACUUAAAAGAUGGGGCUGGAAAUGUAUUGGGGAAAGGAUUGGCAAGUACCGGGGUGUUUUUGGAUAACACAAAGAGUCAUUUAGCGCAAGGUCUCCAUGAAGUUGAAAACGAAACUGAAAAAGGAAUAAGGGAAACUGAAGAUAUGACGAACGCGCUUCUUUCGAAAUCUAAAGGUUUUCUUGCUACGAAAUGAAAUUAAAUAAAUGUGCAAUUAAAAAGAUAGGUUUAAGAUAAAAAAAACGUCCAGCGCACUAACAUUUAUGUAAAAUUUUUAAAUAUUUAUAUUUACGUUUCGUUUUAUAUUCUUUUUAUUAAUCAUUAUUAUUGAAAUGACCAACUUAAAGCUUUCGUUUAGGUUAGAAAAUCUAAAAAAAACAACAAAAAAUGUAAAUAAAUAAAUAAAUGCUUUAACCAAUAAAAAUUAGAUCACCUCAA